CCCGGGAAGGGGUUAAAGCGGGUGCGGUUUACGAAAAACGAAAGCAAACAUACCAGAGCCCAAGUUUCAGCCUUUCUUCCCGAGUUAUGGUUAUGUUGUUUCAUUUCCGUGAAGCUCCUAACGAAGCAGAUCACCGACCUCGUUGCUCGUGAAGACUUGUGGAGAGGAGAGAGAUGUCUGAAGCAAGCAACGAGCUGCAGGAGGCCUUGUGUCGUUACAUCUCAGAUACGCUCACCUACAUCCACACGGUGAGGGAGUUCUGUGGGAGGUUCUCUAAAUGGACGCUCAGGAGGGAGACGGAGCUGCACAUGAUGAUGGACAUCAAAGACAGAGCUGAUAAAAUCAGCUUGGACCUGAGCCAUUUCACACAGUCGGAGGACAAAGGAAAGGCCUUCGUGGAGUACAUGGGAAACAAGUUCACUCAGUUCACUGCAGACAGCAAGCGCGAGGAGCUGCAGAAGGAGCUGGCCGCAGUGUUGAAGGAUGUCCUGGGAGGUCUGGAGAAGCUGAACUGCUUCCUGGGCGCAGUGGAGAAGCUGGCCGUCACCUCUCUGCACGUGUUCACGGAGAACGAUGUCUUGAACCUCUCUGAAGAAAUCAGCCUGGAUCACGUUCAGGCCGUCAUCGCCGCCGUGCGACGCAUCUGUCCACUGCUCCUGGAGUUCAAGAGAGACGCAAGCGUCUUCUUCCUCCCCAGACUUCAGAACGCCGACGUCAUGGCCUACCAGCUGGACCGAUACGUCCAGACCAGCAGGAAAAUCUGUGAGAAGAUGGAGAAGAGCUGCUUCAGGGACUUCAGCCUGAAGACGGUCCAGGAGGUGGCGGUGGAGCUCAGACGGUGUCUGACUGAGAGGAACAUACGGCAGAUGCUUGAUCACAUCAAUCAGCUGGAUGACAUCAGGAUGGACACACACUUCCGGAUGGUGUUCUUGUUCCAGGAGGACUCGUAUCACGGUUUCAUGAAAGAGUUUAGCGAGCGCCGGCCCAGGAUGCUGCGGUCGCUGACCGAGCUGGAGGAAAACGCGGUUCAGUUGGACCGGAUGAGUAAAGGAGCCAAGAUCUCCAGCGUGGCGGGCAGCUCGGUGGGCGUAGUCGGAGGCGUGCUGUCCAUCGUCGGUCUGGCGCUGAUCCCUGUCACGGCCGGAGUGUCUCUCGCUCUGACCAUGACCGGCCUCGGCUUGGGGGUCACCAGCGGGGUCAACAGCAUCGUCACGACCGCCACCGAAGUGGGAGUUAACCGCACGCAGCAGAAGAAAGCUGGGGAAGUCCUCCAAAGCUUCAUGGAGGAUGUGACGAAACUCCAGGACUCCCUGGAGGAGGUGACCAGACAAACCAUCUCCAAAAUGGAGGCAAGCGAGUUAGAUCUGGCUCUGGGCGUGGGAAAGGCGCUCUUUAAGUUUGGUACCGUUGGCAAAGGCAUUGAUUCCUUCGUAGACGGGUGCUCGGCUGUCAAGGUGUUGAAGAGUGAAGAUCUGAUCUCCGCUGGUAAAGUUCUGGCUCAGGAGGGUAAAGCUCUACGUAACGUCCCGCGGGUGGCCUCAGAAAUCCCGGACGUUGGUCAGGCAGCCGCCAAAGGGUCUCUGGCCAUCUCUCAGUCGGCCAGAGCUGGCCUCAUCGCGGCCAAUGCCCUCUUCAUCGGGAUGGACAUCUUCUUCAUCUGCAAGGACAGCAUUAGCCUGGCCAAAGGCAGCGAGACCGAGGUGUCGCAGUUCAUCAGGGCCCGAGCCGCUCUCUGGAGCUCAGAGAUGAGCUCAUGGAAGAAGAUCCACGACUCCCUGCAUGAAGGGCUGCUGACGUCGGGGAAGAAGGAGGCGGUCCUGGAGACGCCGUUUUAUCGGGAUGCUGAGCCGGAGGACCAGAGAGAGACGGAGGGGGAACGUCAGACUCGGGAGGUGGAGAAAAAACAGAUGGACAAAAAGUCAUGUGUCGUACAGUAAAAACCCAUAAGGCGGUGACGCAACUCUUCCUGACACGAUUAGAUUGGAUAUUGUGUUGAUGAAACACAACUAAAAGUUGACUUUUCACUCCUUUUAAAUUUCAACAUUUUUUAAAUUCAGCUUUUAAAAUCAGGAGCUUUAACUUUCAGCUGAUGUUUUAUAAACAAUGAACACUUAACAUUUCUAAUGUUUCAUCACAGAUUUCAAUGAAAAAUACAAUUAAACAAGAAUAUAACUUCUGUUUUAUUUAAUUAUUUUAAUUAUGUGAGUUUUGACAGUGUUCCUGACUGAAUUUCCCAUCAUGCACUAAUUAUUUUAGCACAUCCUCAUAGACGUGUGCUGGUAUCACAUGACUACAUCCUUGAUUCUGCUGCAUAUUUAUGGCUUUUCAUGUAGUUUUGAUUGUAUAAAUAAAUCAAGUUUCUUCUUUGGUCUUCACGGCUGCUGCAUCCAUGGAUCGAUGACAUUUUGUCUCAUCUGAACAAGUGAUGAAAAUCUCCAUUUGAGGCCUGAUUGUUAAAAUUCUGAUAAAAUAUUAACAGUAUAUGACGGAGCACAGCUGAGUUUUAUGAAAAACUACGUACCUGGUGGGAAAGACAGUAACUGC